UUGUCUUGCAAAGCUCACUCUCAAGCUCUGUAUGACAUGCAGUCAAAUAACAUGAGUGGAGAGAGCAGAAGACCAUACAUAGUGAAGAAAUGCAUUGCCCUUUUGCUUUCAUGUGCUUCCUCAACUUACAAAUUGAAGCAAGUACAUGCAUUUUCCAUCAGGCGCGGCAUCCCUUUAUCAAGCCCAGAAAUGGGCAAGUACUUGAUAUUCACUCUUGUUUCCCUUUCAGGUCCAAUGUGUUAUGCUCAAAAAAUCUUUAAUCAAAUUCAAUUUCCAAAUAUCUUCACUUGGAAUACAAUGAUUAGAGGUUAUGCAGAGAGUGAAAACCCAUAUCCAGCAAUUGAAAUACACAAUAAAAUGUGUGUUGCCCCUGACACACAUACAUACCCUUUUGUUCUAAAAGCUAUUGCGAAGAUGAUUGAUGUUAGAGAAGGAGAAAAGGUGCAUUGCAUUGUCAUUAAAAAUGGGUUUGAAUCGUUGGUGUUCGUUCAGAAUUCUUUGGUUCAUUUUUACGGAGCAAUUGGUCAAGCUGAAAAUGCACAUAAGGUGUUUGAAGAAAUGUCCGACAAGAAUCUUGUGGCAUGGAAUUCAGUGAUUAAUGGGUAUGCUUUGAAUAGUCGACCUAAUGAGACAUUGACCCUUUUUAGGAAAAUGGUUUCGGAAGGUGUUAGGCCUGAUGGGUUUACAUUGGUCAGUUUGUUGACUGCUUCUGCUGAACUUGGUGCGUUAGCGUUGGGUAGAAGGGCGCACACGUAUAUGUUGAAGGUGGGAUUGGAUAAGAAUUUACAUGCUGCAAAUGCCCUUUUGGAUCUUUAUGCUAAAUGUGGGAAUGUGAAAGAGGCAGAGCAAGUGUUUGAUGAGUUGGAGGAGGAUAGUGUAGUGUCUUGGACAUCUUUAAUUGUAGGUUUGGCUGUCAAUGGUUUUGGUGAGAAAGCACUUGAGCUUUUCAAGGAAAUGGAAAGAAAAGGAUUUGUACCUACUGAGAUCACAUUCGUCGGAGUCUUGUAUGCCUGUAGCCAUUGUGGUUUGGUGGACAAAGGGUUUGCUUACUUCGAAAGGAUGCAAAAAAUGUUUGGUAUUAAGCCGAAAAUUGAGCAUUAUGGAUGCAUGGUUGAUUUGUUAGGAAGGGCUGGUUUAGUGGAAAAGGCAUACAAGUAUAUUAAAGGCAUGCCAUUGCAACCCAAUGCUGUGAUUUGGCGAACACUACUUGGUGCCUGCUCAAUACAUGGUCAUUUAGCUCUGGCAGAGAUGACUAGAAAUCACCUUAAGCUGAUAGAACCUAAACAUUCUGGGGAUUAUGUGCUCCUUUCAAACCUCUAUGCAGCCGAGAUGCGUUGGUCUGAUGUGCAUCAAUUAAGGACUACUAUGCUUCAAGAAGGGGUGAAAAAAGUCCCAGGGCAUAGCCUUGUUGAGUUAGGUAAUCAUGUGCAUGAAUUUGUUAUGGGAGAUAUGUCCCAUCCUAAAAAUAAGGCUAUAUAUGCUAUGCUUGCGGAAAUGACUAGAUUGUUGAGAUUGGAAGGUUAUGUCCCUCAUACAUCAAAUGUGCUUGCUGAUAUAGAGGAAGAGGAGAAGGAGACUGCUUUGGCUUACCAUAGUGAAAAAAUUGCAAUUGCAUUCAUGUUUAUUAGUACACCGCCUGGGACCCCAAUUAGAAUUGUGAAAAACUUAAGGGUCUGUGCUGAUUGCCACCUUGCCAUUAAACUAAUAUCUAAGGUCUUUGAUCGUGAGAUAGUCGUUAGAGAUCGUAGCCGGUUUCACCAUUUUACCAAUGGAUCUUGCUCUUGUAAAGAUUAUUGGUAGAACAUAAUUGUAGAAUUGGAAAUGGACUUUGCAUUAGUUGCUUAGAUUGAAGCAUAGCCUUCUAAAAAAAAUAAGAUAGUGGAGAACACGAUGUGAAAACAUUUGCAUUCUGUUCGAGGAAAGGUUAUGGAGAGCAAGAUAUUAAUUUCUAGGUCAUUGCUUGGUGGACAGAUUUGUAAACAAUUAGUGUAACUCUAUACAUUCUGAAGAAAAAUUCCUCAACUCCCUUCUACAGUGUUUUGUGUAUCAUAUCAAGAGACCGUACUGGGCUCUAUGUAAGUCUUGAGAGGAUUAGCUACUUUUGUAAGAACAAAAAAGAAAAGGUGUUUUCUGAUGCUAAGCAAAUGGGGAUUUAUUCACUUUUCGCUAAGCCUUUAAUGACAUCAGGUGAUUGCACAUUUUUUUUCAGCUUGUAUUGAUAUAUAUACUCAGUAUUCCUGCAUAAUCUGCUAGAUUUUAUAUGUUAAUACCCAAUUGAUAGCUCAUAUUCCAUGUAACAGCAGGUAUAAAUAACUUAUUUGAGAGUUCUUGCAAAUUCCUUUCAUAACCUAUUGAUACACAUUGAAGGGGAGCCUUGGAGUAACUGGUAAAGUUGUCUCCAUGUGACCAGGAGGUCACGGGUUCAAGCCUUGGAAACAGCCUCUGGCAGAAAUACAAGGUACGGCUGUGUAUAAUAGACCCUUGUGGUCGAGUCCUUCUCCGAACUCUGCGCAUAGCGGGAGCUUUAGUGCAACGGGCUGUCCUUUAACCUAUUGAUACACAUUCAACUACAAGUGAACAAUGACCUACAUGGAUUCUCAAACUUUUAUGCACUAAAUAAUUAAAUAUCUUUUUAGGUGUCUUUUAGGCCCAACAUGCUCCCACAACAAGAAGAUGCAUAGUUGGGACACACACCCCUGGAGCUGAAGUAUCCAGAUCCUUUUAGGUUAGUUGAAGCAACUGUUGCCCAGUGUAGAUAAGGAAGUGAAUGGAUUGUGAUUUUUGGAAUAUAGUGCUUUGAUUGGGAAGUAACAAGCAUGUCCAUGGAAUGUGAGCGAGAAAACUAUGACCCAAUAUAGAAUGGGUUGCUUCAGUUGGUUUUUGAAGCAUGAUACAUGUUUGACUAAUGGUGGUAUGGCUCCACAAACCAGACAAAGAUCAAUCAUGGGGUGGACUAACCUGCUUGGUUGUUUGCUCCUCUCUUCUGAGUUGCAUAGAGAACCACUUACACUGUCCACCAUGAGAAGUCCUCCAUGCCUGUAGUCUUUGCUAGCCACCAUCAAUGAUUGAUCAAGAUUGUCAAUCCUCUUUUUAAUGGCCAACCUUCUGCUACAAAGUUUCUUCAUACCUAUGAUAAUGAAUUUCAUGGCUGUAGUGUGAUUUCGUCCAAAGAUGGGCUGGAAGCUUUGCAGAAGUCUCCGAUCUCCGACCUUCAUUUCAGCUCAUAAUUAACGACAGGUGUAUUGAACCCCAAAACUAUCCGAACUUCUAUGUUCUUUGAAGCUCGACCCAUCUUCAGGUCUUUGGACAGCCUCCAGAGGUGGACCAGGUAUGAUCAAUGGUGAAGUUGACUCAGGCAUCUGGCCAGAUAUGCUAUCUCGCUGCAAGGAUGAUGGGUUAAAACGAUGGAAAGAUAAAUUCGGAGCAAAAAUUAUUGAAGCUCACGUUAAAAUUAAAUUCAACAAGGAAUAAAAGCUAAUGUUUGAAUGGAGUAAAACGGCCAUAUGAUUCAAAUUGAAGACUUCAAUUGACUUAACAAAUGGAAGCAGAAGACUUGAUUUUUGCUGCUCAUUGAGGCGAUGUGCACUCCUGGCGCAACUUCAAUGCCAAUUGCUGAGCUCAUGCAAAUAAAUUGAGGCCACAUUGACGCCAAGUGCAUAGAAAGCGCCAAAGGAUUUUGGUUCCCUCCAUUUUUCCUAAUUUUUGGCUUAGAUCGGAGACACACGACAUAAGUUAGAAGUAAUGACUAACUAAAGUAUGGACCUAACAUGAUUUACAUAAUUAAUAUUUUAUAUAUUUUCUUCUAUAAAUUUAGGCAAAAGUCAUAUGCGGCUCCUUAAAGUUGUCCACAUAUUUCACUUAGACACCUCAACUUAUAUUU